GAGCGAGCGAGCGAGGGCGAGACUGAGAGAGAGAUCUCACCCGUCCCAGCUCUCCGUGCUGUCUCUCCUCUCUCUCCCUCCUCGCCGAGAUCUAUUCGAGCGCUGGAAAUCGAGCGCUCGAAUCAAAGAGAAGAGAAGCAGCGAGGGACAUCAAGAUCGAAUUCUAAAUCAAGCGCCAAGAAGGGGAAAAGAAAUCGUUUUUCCUUCGUUAGACCUUUCUAUUUCUCUCCUCGGUCACCAUAAUCUUUAGGUUCUUCAAUUUGAAAGGAUUGAAGGGGGAGGAGAAAUUUCUUGCUAUCUUCUUCGGACGGGAUCUGAGGCCAUGGGAAUGAGUACCGGGGAUUUUCUUGAUAUCCAGCCGACAGAGCUAAAAUUUCCUUUUGAACUGAAGAAGCAGAGCUCAUGUUCUAUGCGAUUGACCAACAAGACUGAUCAGUACGUUGCUUUCAAGGUUAAAACAACCAACCCAAAGAAAUACUGUGUUCGCCCCAACACGGGGAUAGUUCUACCUGGAUCAACAUGUGAUGUCGCUGUAACAAUGCAAGCCCAGAAGGAGGCUCCACCUGACAUGCAAUGCAAAGACAAGUUCCUCCUCCAGAGUGUUAUGACUGAACAUGGUGUGACGUCCAAGGAUAUAACCCCUGAAAUGUUCAACAAAGAACAUGGCAAGGUUGUUGAGGAGUUUAAGCUGCGGGUUGCUUACAUUCCUGCCAAUCCUCCCUCACCUGUCCCCGAAGAAUCUGAAGAAGGAUCUUCCCCAAGGUCUUCUACAUUAGAAAACGAGGUUCAAAACUUAUCCUUGUUCGAUGCCGUAUCAAGAUCGUAUGAAGAACCAUCCAAGGAGAAGUCCCUAGAGGCACUAGCCCUGAUUUCCAAGUUGACCGAGGAGAAAACGACCACCAUUCAGCAAAAUCAGAAGCUCCGUCAAGAGCUGGAGUUUCUAAGAAAAGCAAGUAGCAAGCAUCAUGGGGGUUUCUCAGUCACAUUUGUGGUGCUGGUGGGUCUCCUUGGUGUUCUUAUUGGCUAUAUCAUAAGGAAGAAAUAGCAGAGGCUCAUACUUACCAGACUGCACUACAACAGGAGCACUGAAGUGCUUUUCAUGGUAUGCUUCUGUUCCCUCCUAGGUGAGAGUGUUUGUUCUCGACUUGUUACUCGGUUUGUGGACUCGUUAUUUCGUAAAAGAAUAGUUUUGCAGCCUUAUGUAUGCUCAUUAUGUUGACUCAUUGCACUUAUAUUGAAUUGUUGUAAUAAUUAAAAGUAAUGACUCAACACAGAAUUUGGGACCAUGAUCUUGCACUUUUUUUAUAUAU